UGCAGAUAUGCAUAGUUUACCAAACAAGAGAUUGUAGAAAAGGCCAAGACAAGAUGUCAUGAUCUAUCUUUAAUGGUGUUUCCGUAUAUGAGAUUAAUACUAAAGCACACAUGAAAAACAUUGAAAGUGACAUAUUUGUUAUGAAGUAUUGUGAAUUCUAAGGUUUUUAUUUUUUUUAAAUGCAUAACUGAUUAAAAUAACAUAGUUUAUAUAUAAACGAUUACUUUGUUAUUAGCUUAUUACUAAAAGCUUUUCUGAACUAUUUUUGACAAAAUAUACAAAUAAUGUUCUAGAAUACAAAAAGAAAUGAAUGAAGCCGUAUAUAUUUUCAAACCAAACAUGGAAAAUAAAAACAUAGUCGAAAAAAUCAAAUUCAAAGUCAGACUUAAAAUAUAGAUAUAAGAUAAUAUGAUUUUUGUUGACUUUUAAAAGUGUCUAACCAACAUAAAUGAUUUUAAACUUGGUACACAAAACAAGUGGAUUAAUCAACCAACAUAAAUGAUUCCAAACAUGAUCCAUAAGCGACCUUUUGUCGCGAGUUAACACACUCCUUGCAAUCUCCACGGCAAGUUUAUUGACUCCAUGAUGGACAUUUGCUUGCACCACUUACCUUUUUAGGUAGAAUUUGAAUUUUGAGUAAGGCAUAUAUGGCACCACCAUUUUUGUUCUGGCUGAUCGUCAAUCAAAGUCACAUUGAAGGUAAAAUUGCAAUGUUACUAUUGUAAAUUACAUAUAAUCACGGGACAAUCUAAAUUAUUUUAAGAACUGGCGCAUAUAAUUGGUAGAAUAAAACAAAACCAAAGGGCAGAGCUAUACUUAAGAUAUUUGACUAUUUUAUGCACUAAAUCGUAAGUGUAAAGAUAUAUGUGGAUGGCGUGUUCCUAUAGUCUUCAUACUUUUCUUUUUAGAAACAAAAUAGUCUUCAUACUAUAUGCCCCUAUUCACGUUAUAAAGAACUGUAGAAGAGGAGAUAUUCACUUUAUAAAUAACUGUAGAAGAGGAGAGAAGAAACAUAGAUCGAAGAUGAAAGUUAGAAUUAGUAAGGAGGAGGAGGAGGUGGAGGAGCAGCCGCUCAGCCCGAUGGCGCGUGUGUUCCAGUCUCCAGAGGUAGACUACUGUGCCGUCACCAUCAUGGGAUUCAAAACCAAGUUCUGUCCGGACGUCCUUCUCGAUGCCUUGAAGCAUAAUGUCUCCAAGCAUCCUCGUUUUUCCACCAAACUGAGUGAGGAUGGUGCAAAAUGGAUAGAGACUCAAGUCAAUGUAGAAGAUCAUGUAAUUGUACCAAACAUAGACCCAGAAGAGAUAGGUGAAGAUGGACAAAGCUUCGUCGAUGACUACAUCUCACGUCUCACGACGAUUCCUCUAGAUAGAUCAAGACCCUUGUGGGACAUGCACAUCCUUAACGUAAAAACCUCAGAUGCUGAAGCAGUCGGUGUAAUAAGAUCUCACCAUUCAUUGGGAGAUGGUAUGUCUUUGAUUUCUCUCAUGCUCGCAUGUACCCAUAAGACAUCAGACCCUGACAAUACUGCUAUUCCUUCCUUGAAACGGCGUCAAACCGUGCCGCACGGACUUAUAAAACAAAGCUGGUUUUUAAGGUUUAUAUUCACCGUUGGUUCUACAACGAGACUGAUUUGGAACACCGUUGUGGAUAUGUUGCUUCUUUUGGCGACUAUCUUGUUUUUGGUGGAUACAAAAACACCUUUAAAAGGUGGCGCAGAUGUUGGGAGGAAUCCAACGAGAUUUUAUCGAAGAACUAUCUCUUUGGAUGACAUAAAACUUAUAAAGAACUCUAUGAACAUGACUAUCAAUGAUGUUCUACUCGGAGUUACACAAGCUGCUCUUUCUCGCUAUUUGAACCGACUUUAUGGUAAGAAGAAUGAGGAGGAAGGAGUAUUGACAUCGAAUCAGAACCAUCUUCCAAGUAAACUACGUUUCCGUGCAGGUUGUACAGUAAAUCUGAGGUCCGACAUCGGGUUCAAGCCUUUGGCAGAUAUGAUGACCAAGGACUCAAAAUGCAGAUGGGGAAACUACUUCAGCUUUAUUAUUUUGCCCUUUUCCAUCGGUUUACAAACCGAUCCUUUGGUCUAUCUAAAGAUAUCCAAAUCCACGAUGGCUCGAAAGAAGCAUUCUUAUCACGCUGCACUAGUGUAUUUUAUCAUCAAAAUUAUCUUAAAAGUGUUUGGAGCUAAGGCAGCAGCAGCCAUAUUUAACCGACCGGUGGUAAAUUUAACUACAUGCGUUUCAAACGUCAUAGGUCCAAUGGAGGAAAUCAGUUUCCGUGGCCAUCCUAUCGCUUACAUCGCUCCAAGUAAUUAUGGACAAUCACAAGCAUUGUUGGUACAUUACAUGAGUUAUGCGGGGAAGAUGAUAAUCUCGAUGGCUGUUGACCCUACAGUCAUACCGGAUCCUCACAAGAUAUGUGAUGACAUGGAAGAGUCACUCAAAGACAUGAAAGCUGCUCUUUCAGAAAGAGGGUUACUCUAAGGCUUGUGAGAGCCAUUGGUAUCUGUUUUGUAUAAACCUGUAGACGUGUUGAUGAAUAUUUGUUUGGUCUAAAAAUGUUUUGUUUGGAGGGCUUUAAUUUGGCCGGUCAUAGUUGUUGAACACAAAAAAUGCAUACAAAAUGUCAAAGAUUUUAGAUAUCUCAUUAUUCAGUCCUA